AAUGAAUAUUUAUAUUCUUUACAUUUUCCUCUCAUUUUUUCAAUUAACUGUUGGUUGUACCACUAAAAAGGAUUGUUUAAACGUUGGAAAUUGCCAAAAUGGCGUCUGCGUUUGUCAAAGUCCAUUUAAUUACUCAAUUUGUGAUGAAGGUUUAAAGUAUUUUGUUCUAAAUGGAACACUAUCAGGAACAGAUGUUUUUAAUACAGUGAAUCCUACAUCUUCUUUGAAUUGUUUGAAUACUUGUACAAAUGACAAUUUUUGUGAAGCUUUUGAAUUAGAAUUUGAUAAUAUUGACAACACUAUUAUCUCUUGUUCUGGUAAAACAACUAUAGCUUAUCCAAUUCUACCAGUUUCUACUACUGAAAAAACAUACUAUACUAUUAUAUUUAAAGAUAAAAAAGAAUCAGUUUGUGGAAGUUCUAACCAACAAACUAAUCAUAUAUUGCAGUGUAUUGAAUACUUGUGGACAACAUCUACAAAAUGCCCAUUAACCGGAUACGGAUUACUUGAAAAUCAGGAAGAUUGGAUGAAAAGUUUGUCAAUUUCUAAUAUAGAAAAUGCAAUGAAAGUUGUUAGCGAACGGUCAAAAUCUAAAAAAUUUAUCCUCAAUCCAAAUUCGCAAUCGUACAGGAAUUUAUGCUAUGGUACUUUAUCUCCUGGACAGCAUAAUGUAGCCUUGAAUAGGCCUAUUACGUUUCGCGGAGAAAUCACAAAUACAUUAAUACAUAGCAAAAAGCAUUUGGUGGAUGGUGUGAAAAAUUCAAAUUUGAAUUUAGGAGGUUGCACAGUUGUAAAAUCUGAUACAUCAUUAGGCGAUUCUGUCGUUUGGAUUGCUGUAGAAUUAACGCAGAAUUUUCACAUAAGAAAAACUAUUAUUUAUUUGUCUGAUAAUCAAACAUCAAGUCAAACAGUUGAUAUCUUUGUAUUAUCUCAACCUCCAAAUGACGUCAUCCUUCCACCUACGGAUUAUAGUUAUUGUUCUAAAGGUACUGAAAUGGUUUUAACCAGUAAGAAACUAAUAGUUGAAUGUGAAAAACACGUUUUACACGGACGUUACGUUGCGCUACAAUCUGAAAAUCUAUUGAAAAUUUGCGAAUUGGAAAUAUAUACAAGUAAUUUAGCCAUUCAAGCGGAUGUUCUUAUGUCGAGCGUUCAAAACGAUGGACAUUUCGGAGGUUACGCAGUAGAUGGAUUAACUGACACGAAUUCUAAGGGAAUACACGGAAAGUCAACAUGGACUUCUGUCUUUCUUGGAGCAAAGUAUUUAAUAUACGGUUUUGAUUUCUCAGGUAUUGGAUACUGGGAUCUUGAAAUUUUCUCCGUAAAUAGAAACUUUUACGUAGAGCAAACCGUUAAAUCAAAUGAGAAAUGCCGAGAAUUGAGGGAAACUACAAGUUAUAAUAAAAAUAGUCUAUUCGUACCUUGUGAGCAAGUUCUACUUGCAAUGUUUGUUGUUCUUAAAUCACCUUUUGAAUUACCAAUUUCUCAAAUUGAAGUUUUUGGUUUAUAUCAAAAUUUUACAGAUAUAAAGAAUUUAGCAGAGCGAAAACCGGUAUGGUUAUCGUCGGUUCAAGAUCAAAAUUAUCCUUAUUACGCAACAGACGGUUUUAGUAAAACGUCAUUUGCAUCUGUAGCAACAACAGAUGGAUGGAUGAUUUUUGAUCUGUUAGCCAUAUACAAAAUUGAGUACGUUGGUGUGAAAAUGAGAGCGAGAGAUGAUGUUACAGAUGUUGAAAGAUACUUUAAUGAUUACAAAUUUUUCCAAGAAAGAUCGAAGAUAAAUGAAGAAGAUUCAAUAACUGCUUCGGAUUGUGAAGAAAUAACAUCAAUAUAUCAUUUGGAAUAUGGAAAAAUUGUUAUUUGGAAUUGUUCAAUAAUAGAAAAUAUUGGUCGAUUUGUUCUAGUAAAAAAUUCAAGAAAUAAACGAAUUGAAAUCUAUGAAUUUUAUACUUUUGGAAAAUUAAUUAAAAACGAAAAAUCGCUUUACAAAAUUCUAUUAAAUGAAGUUUAUUUUAAUAAAGAAAUUGAAAAAAAUAUCUUUCAACCAGGUAGAAGUCCUUUAAAAGUUAUUGACGGAGAUUUUGCAUCAGAAUCUUCAUGUGUAAGAUUAUCAUUUUCAAAUCAGGAUUCCUUAACUAUAACUUUUCAUAAAUAUUCUGCUGUUCAACAAAUUCUUAUUCAACCAAGACAGGAUUCUAUAAAUAAUUUUAAAAGUUUAAAUAUAUUUGUUGGUAAUCAAAGCGAUGACUCAUCAAACUGGAUAAAUUGUGCAAAUUUUACAACAUUGGUAGCUGUUAAUUAUCUUAUUGAAAUCAAUUGUUUCCAAGCGAUAAUUGGAGAUCUAGUUCGCAUUGAAAUUGUUGAUUUUUUAAAUGAUGUUGACAUUUGUGAAAUUCAAUUAUUUUCACCAAUCGAACCAAGCGAAGACACUUUUAAAAAUAAAAAAAAAUGCUCUAAAAAAAUUGGAAUCUUAAAAAAACAUAAAACUCCUAAUUUAUCAGUUUGUAAUAAAAUCAUUGAGAAACAAACUAUAGAGGAUUGCAUAACAAACUGGAAAAAACUUUCAAUGGAUCUAUUCUCUUAUAAUUUCCUUAAUAAAACUUGCUGUUUAUUCAAUUCACCAACAUCUCCUGAUCUGGAUCUUAUUGGUUCAUUUACUGGGGGAGAUGUUUGUGUUUUUGAAAAGAAUACAUGUUAGCUAAUGAACAAAUCAACAGUAUAAGUUUUUAAAUAUGUACCAGUUUAUAUUUCUUUUACAAGAAAACAUGACUUGGGCCUAAAGAUUAUUAGAAUUAAAUAUUGCAGAUAUGCUGCAAUAGCUAUCCGUCAUAAUUUAUUUUUUUUCCAUUGUAACCUCAACGCAUAAAAUCCCCUACUCAUCUAUUCACCCGCUUUCUUAUAUUCUUAACCCGUUAUUAGGACAUAAACCAGA